AUGCUUCUCCAGACUACAAUUCCAGUGCCGUGGGCGCUCGAUUCUCAAGCUGGGCAUUUCCCGGUUUGCUCGCCGUUACUAAGGGAAUCCUGCUCGCAACGGCGUCCUCAGCCGACGACUUCAUUUUCGGCCAACCGCAAGGCUCUAGUGAGACCCCGGGAGGCCAACAUCCGCUCCCAUCCCCGAGAGGGGAUUGGGCGACGUUGCGUGACACCCAGGCAGACGUGCCCUCAACCGGAUGGCUUCGGGCGCAACUUGCGUUCAAAAACUCGAUGGUUCACGGGAUUCUGCAAUUCACACCAAGUAUCGCAUUUCGCUACGUUCUUCAUCGAUGCGAGAGCCGAGAUAUCCGUUGCCGAGAGUCGUUAUAAUAAUUAG